CAUGCAGGAAGAGGUGUUUUUGACCUCCUCCUCGUGACUGACAAAUCAGUUUAGUGUUGCUCUUGAUGUAAUAAUCCAAGCCAUCACUUGCACCAUAAGAUAUAUGGGCUGCGCACCGUUUUCAUUCCAGAGCCACCUAAAACCAGCACGCUUCCAUGGCCUACGCCUGACCCAGACUCUGGAAAGGACACAGCGUUUGCCAUUCUAACCCAGAACAACGCUGCCGACUUACUGCUCUGCGACACCCACGACAGCAGGUGCACCAGACCAACACACCAUGGAAAACCAUACCAUGGACUCAGCCGACUGGCCCCUGACAACAGAAUUCGACUACAGCGAUUCAGCACCGUGCCUGGGAACUGAGGAAAAGCACUUUGCAGCAAAACUUUUGCCACCGCUUUAUUCUUUGGUGGUGAUAUUUGGCUUCACAGGCAACAUGCUUGUUGUCCUUAUCCUGGUCAAAUACAAGCGACUGAAGAGUAUGACUGACAUCUACCUGCUCAAUUUGGCAAUUUCUGAUUUGCUGUUUGUAUUUUCUCUCCCUUUUUGGGCUUAUUACGCUGUUCACGACUGGAUUUUUGGGGAGGCGCUGUGUAGAAUUCUCUCAGGUGUCUACCUCCUUGGCUUCUACAGCGGCAUCUUUUUCAUAAUCCUGUUGACCCUCGACAGGUAUCUGGCCAUAGUGCAUGCAGUGUUUGCUUUAAAAGCUAGGACAGUUACCUACGGCAUCCUCACCAGCACUGGCACUUGGGUUGUUGCUAUUCUGGCUUCUGUUCCUGGGAUGGUAUUUCACAAAACUCAAAAGGAAAAUACACAUUAUACUUGCAGUGCUCAUUAUCCAUCAGAGCAGAGAAAUGUAUGGAAGCAAUUCCUGACCUUAAAAAUGAACAUCCUGGGACUUGUUAUUCCAAUGUUAAUUAUGAUCUGCAGCUACACGCAAAUUAUAAGGACAUUGCUGCAAUGUAGGAAUGAGAAGAAACAUAAAGCAGUCAGGCUUAUUUUUAUCAUCAUGAUUGUCUACUUUUUUUUCUGGACACCAUACAAUAUUUGCAUUUUCUUGCGUGAUUUUGAAGGUGCAUUUUACAUCACUACUUGUGAAGGCAAUGGUCAACUGCACAAAGCAACCCAAGUGACAGAAACAAUCUCAAUGAUCCACUGUUGUAUCAACCCUGUAAUUUAUGCCUUCGCUGGAGAAAAAUUUAGGAAGUAUCUUCAUAGUUUUUUCCGAAAGCAGAUUGCAUUCCACUUCUCUAAAUUCUGUCCCGUUUUCUAUGUUGACACAGCUGAACGGGCUAGCUCCACCUACACACAAUCUACUGGAGAACAAGAAGUUUCUGCUGCAUUGUAAGUUGUGUCUAGCGAAAAAGUGGAAUUGACUUUUGUGAAAUCAAGUCUGUGAUCACAGCCUGCAGAAUCUGUUCUGGAUAUUGGCUCUGAGGCAGCUGCGAAAGAUCAGAGAACACAUAUUUACCAAAGCAUGUGUUUGCUCAUAUAUAUGGGUGUUUGUACAUAAAUGAAAAGGACGUAUCAAAUUAGCUACCUAUAUAUGCUAACGUGGGAUCCUGUAGGGAAAAAAAAGUGUUUUCUUUUUUGUAAAUGUAAAAAGCAUUGUUUUGUACUAUAGGGCCCAAGCCUACACAGCCUAAGCUAGCAGACUCAUAAACUGAUUUUUUGAAGUGAAUUAGAGGUUAGAAAUUGACACUGGUUCUUUGGACACAUCUCUUGACUGUAUCUUAUACAAGGUAUCUCACUCAUUUAAACUCAGUCUGUCAAAUCUUUUACCAGGCUGGCUGUGCUCCUCUGCAAAUAAUGUUAAAUUGCUGAGGUCUCUGAUGCUGAACCUUUACAAGUGGCAUGGGAAAAUGUUAUAUAUCUAGAAGAGAUUCUGAUAUUUCAAGGUAUAUUUUCCUUUGUAUAUGAUUGAGUCCAAAUGUCUUGGAUUUUUCUUAUAAUAGUUUUAACUACUAGGUGUUGAUAUCUAAGUGACUUGAGUUUGGUAUUUCAGAAGGCUCUCUUUUAAUGAACUGCUGGUUUAUAUGCUGUUCAUACUAAAAAGCUAAUAUAAUGACCUAUCAUUGAUCAAAAAAUCAAAGUGUUUAUAUUAUUUUACAAAUAAAGUAUUGCGCAUGGAGCUUUAACCAGGUUAGAUCAAAUCUGGACAAUGAGUCAACAGGGUUUCAGCUUUUUAGUGCAGUAAUAUUGCUUGCCAUUUUUCUAGCCUACAUAAGAGAGAAACUUUAAAAUAAGAAACGAAUGCAGCUGUAAUGGCUGUAAAACCACAACAGCAUUAGAGGUGUGAAAAUGAUUUCUGAACAGUGCUGACCCAGAUGUUUUUAGAGAUAAGCAUACGGUAUAGACAUUUAAGUUAUCAAAACAUAUGAGUAAGUAAAAAUAUUCACUGUUCUACAGAGUCAAGGACAUAGAGCAUCUCUUCUUUGUUUUAGAAGCAGGUAUCAUUUGGGGGCUAAGACAAUAUUUUUUUUCUGCCAUUUAGGAGUUUUACAGAGAGCAAAAGCUUCCAUAAGUAAGACUGAUGGCCAAAGAGGACUGGGCUCCCCCUUAAAGUUCAGAUCCUGCAAAGCACUGGAACACAUAGAAAACAUGAAAUAUGGGGGGAUACUCAGGUGUUUAAGAUCAUACCAUAAUCACGCCAUGAGUUGAUUUAGGUCAAGUUGUGCUUUCUAGAGUUUCUUAUUUUUCCCCUAAGACAUAUGGUUUUGGACAACUCUGGAGACAGGAAAUUAAAAGUGAAUAUUUUGAUUGCUGUUCUUAUCCAGUAGGGUAAUUUCUGUUUCCCAACUCCUCUAGAUAGCCUUUUAAAUAAUAUUGUCAAAGAAGCAAAUGUCUCAAACAGCCCCAAAUAGAUUUUACAUUGCCAAGUGCUUGUGAAAGCAGGAAUUGAAAUAGGGUAAUCUUUGCUUAUUAGACCAUUUAGUUUAAGUUAUUCACUUUUGUCAUAUGAAGCACUGCUUUUGGACUACAUCCACAUGGGAAGUAUAACAAAAGUAUACUAUACCUUCUAGUUUACAAGGUUUUCAGCUGCAUACUUUUUUAAGACCUGUGCAUCAAUUACUUUCUGGACUUUGUAUAUGCUUUUAAAACAGGUAACUAUAUCACUAUAAGCAGUAAUCAGGUAAUUUCAGCAUAAAAUGAGAAAUAUAUGCGUUUAUUUUUUUAAAGAGAUAGGAAGCUACAUGUAGUAACUUCUAGACAGGCUUUUUUUUUCCUUCUAGAAUAUCUUUGUGAAAAUAUUUCUGUAUUUUAUUCUGUUCUUGUCAAGAACUUUCAUUUGGCCCCUAAGACACCUUGCCUUUAAGAAGUUACUUUCUCCGGAGGGCUUUGAUGCCAGGCAGGGUAUGUAUCCUGACCAGCCCAGCAGGAGCAAAGUACAACAACCAAACAUGCACGAGCUGAAUGACAAGCUUUCUGAGGCACGUCAAAAAGCAGCCCAAAUCCUCUGCAGUAUGCUACAGUGUGGAUCUUCCCAAGCCACAAGCAGCUUUUGAAGGGAAGAGGUGGAACAUGGAUAUUGGUGGCCCAGUGGAUUAGCAGGUUAUCAAGUUUCUAUCACUUCACUGAGAAGGGAUCACUCUUCAUCAAAGGAGAACAAGCCAGAUUUCAGCUACUGUAGUGAACUGUGAUCCACAUUCAAGGAGAUAAUAGAAAACACAGUAUUUGGUAGCACUGCUGGUGCAUUCAAUUAAGUAUUCUGCCAAUAGAUUGUAAGAAUAUUUUAUGUUGUACAGUCCAUUAAAGUUGGUCAACUUUUG